AUGAAUGACCUUCAUAUCGAUAGUGGAAAUGAAGGCGAUGAAGAAAAACAUGAAGAAUCCUCAGAAGACGAAGACGAAUAUUUAGAACUAGAGGAAGAGACGCAUGCAGGAAACGGUAGAAGAUAUGAAAGAAGCCCAGUUGAAAGUAUUGGCAACGUCAGGAGGAAUCAAAAUCCGGACAGGGGCGGAAGAGAUCCAUUCUCGUUGAGUUUCAGAGACCUAGAAGAUACAAUAAGACCAUUCGAUGGUAAGGAUGAUUAUCCUGUGAAGAAAUGGAUCCUGGACUUCGAGGAGAUGGCUGAUUUGACCGGAUGGAAUGAUCUUCAGAAAUUGAUUUUUGCCAAGAAAUCACUCAAGGGAAUAGCCAAGCUGUUCAUACAGUCAGAGGAUGGUAUCAGAUCAUGGAGAGUACUGAAAACCAAAUUGAUCGAUGAGUUUGAUACGAGAACAAGCAGCGCACAAGUUUAUAAGUUGCUCAUGCAAAGAAAAAAAAAGAGGGAAGAGUCAGUGCAAGAGUAUGUCUUGACCAUGAGGGAAAUUGGAAGCCGAGCGAACUUGGAGGCAGACGUCGUUAUACAAUACAUCAUAGAUGGUAUAGAAGAUGAUGCAGCAAAUAAAAUAAUUCUCUACGGUGCUAAAGACUUUACAGAAUUCAAAGAGAAGGUGAAGCUGUAUAUACGAGUAAAAUCUAGCAGAGGACAGGACAAUCAGGCAAAUAAAAACAGGAAAGAUUGGAGAAAAGAAGAAUAUAGAAGAGGGGAUAGCUCUAGAAAGGACUUUGGGAAAGGAAGAGACAAUACUUGUUUCAAUUGCGGCGGUAAAGGCCACAAAUCGCGAGAAUGCCCUGAGAAGGACAAAGGAGUUAAAUGUUUUCGUUGUAAUAAUUUUGGACACUUAUCCACCAGAUGCCCGAAAAAAUCGAGUGCCACAGCACAGCCUUCCAAUGUUAACGUUGUGGAGUUGAUUCCAAGAAAUUGUGUCAAAUUAGUUGUAGAUGGCGUUCAAGUACCAGCACUUUUUGAUACUGGAAGUGAUAUCAGCGCAAUAAGAAAAGAUAUCUAUGACGAAUAUUUCUCAACCAUUUCGCUAAAUCAAGAUACAGUACAUCACAUACAGUACAUCAAGAUACAGUACAUUGAAAGGCCUAGGGCUAUAGUUGGAAACAAUCUCCUGAGUCAAGUGGAUGUUAGCAUAGGAAGAGAUGGCAUCACUGUACGGAAAAGGGAGGCAGAUAAUUUUUUGAUGGAAAUAGCUGUGGACGACGAAUGCCAAGACAUAAAAUUAAGUCAUAUAAAAUCAGAAGAGAGAAAAGAAAUUGUUAGAUCCUUGAUAGAAGAUUAUAAACCAAUGAAGAAAGUAGAAUUGGAAUUUGAAAUGAAAAUUAUUUUGAAAGAUAACGAACCAAUUUACCAAAGAGCUAGGAGAUUGGCAACGCCGGAGAAGGAAGAAGUACGAAGACAAAUAGAAGAAUGGUUGGAGGAAAGAAUAAUUCGACCGAGUGCGUCAGAAUAUGCUAGUCCGAUCGUUCUUGUCAAGAAAAAAGAUGGAAGCACUCGAAUAUGUUGCGACUAUCGUAAACUCAACAAGAAGAUAGUUAAAGACCGUUUUCCCCUACCCAUAAUCGAAGAUGUUUUGGACCGUUUACAGGGAGCUGAAGUUUUCAGCGUGAUAGAUUUGAGAAAUGGAUUUUUCCAUGUGCCAAUAGAAAAAGGUAGUAUCAAAUAUACCUCUUUUAUCACACCAGAAGGACAGUACGAAUUUUUAAAGUGUCCUUUCGGUCUUUGCAACAGCCCAGCCGUGUUUCAAAGAUAUAUUGCCCAUAUCUUGAGACCACUGACUUUGAAAAAUAUCGUCAUCUUUUAUAUGGAUGAUAUCAUCAUUCCUAGCAAAAAUGAGGAAGAAGGACUUGAGAGAUUGAAAACCGUUUUAGCUGUAGCUAAAGAUCACGGAUUGGAAAUUAAGAAGAAGAAAUUUUUUGCUACUACCAAUGUUGGAAAAGAAUCACCAAGUACAGAAGGAAAGAAGAGAAGGCCUCUCCGUUUUGAGACCCUAUUUGAGGAUAAUGACUUCCAAGAAAUUUCAGAUCAUCAAUCAGAAAUGAGAACCUCCUCCACACCUCAAGAAGAAGUUGAGGCUGGCGGUCGGGAACUAUCAGAUAUAUCCAUACAUGGGCCCUCCGGCAAUGAUAAGAUCUGUUACGAUUACAUGAGGAUGAUAGAGGCCAGUGAGCAUCAGAACGUUAUGUUAGAUCAUGCAAACCUGGACUUUAUAUCAGCCCAGGUUGGGAUGCUUCAAGAAAAGGUCCUGACAGAGUUCUGCGUGAUGAAUGACAGGAUUCUUGAUUAUGAGGCUAACUCUAAGAAGGUUUAUACAGAUAAUUUAACAACCUAUCAUCUUAUAUAG